UUAACACUGAAAAGAAUGGAAAACUUUGAUGAAGAAGUUGAAGAGCCAGUGAGUCCCACAGGGCAAUACUUGAACAGUUCUGCAUUGUGUGUGUAUAUUCUUGGUGUCUUAGAAUUUGAGAUUCCAUUUGAUGACUGCCAAACCCUGUCACUGCUUCAUGAUGUUUUUCUUCCAAUCAACACACGCUUCUCCUCCAUCAUGAUUAGGGACAAAAAUGGAGAGAGAAAAUGGAAGAAAGUUGAAGUUAAGCUGGAGGAACAUAUAAACGUUCCUAUAUUCCCCACUUGCAACUCAUUCUAUGAUGAAUAUCUCGAUGAGUAUAUGUCCACAAUAGCAAUGGAACAUUUACCACAACAUAGACCACUUUGGGAAAUUCACAUUAUUAAAUAUCCAACAACUAAUGCAGCUGGUACCUUGAUAUUCAAACUUCACCAUGCACUUGGGGAUGGUUACUCUCUCAUGGGUGCUCUUCUUUCAUGUUUGCAAAGAGCUGAUGACCCUUCUCUUCCCUUCACACUCCCAUCAAGCCAAAGACUCAAAUCAAUUUUCAAAACUAAAGCUUUAAGUUUCAAGAGAUUGCCCUCCAUUUUCUCCUCAGCAUUCCACACUAUAUCAGAUUUUGGAUGGAGUACAUUGAAGAGUAGCUUGCUUGAAGAUGAUCAAACACCAAUAAGGUCUAGAGCUGAAGACAUCAAGCUUAGGCAUGUUACCAUCUCAAAUGUCUCAUUCUCUAUGGAUCACAUCAAAGAAGUGAAAUCUAAACUUGGAGUGGGGAUAAAUGAUGUGAUUUCUGGCUUAAUUUUCUUUGGCAUUCGGUUAUAUAUGCAAGAAAUUAACAUGGAGUCAAGCAAAGCUCAUUCCACAGCAUUGGUGUUGCUGAAUACCAGAAACAUUGGAGGUUAUAAGUCUGUUAAGGAGAUGGUUGACAAGACCAAUAAUGUUGCUGCAUGGGGGAAUCGAUUUGCAUUUUUGCAUGUACCAAUUCCAGAGCUAAGUGAUGCCAAAUUUGCAAACCCAUUAGAGUUUAUAUGGGAAGCUCAUAAAGAGAUCACAAGGAAGAAAAAUUCUCUGGCUACACCUCUUACUGGCAUGCUUUUAGAUAUGGUGAAGAAACUCAGAGGCCCUGAGGCUGCAGCAAGAUAUGUAUACAGUACUUUAAGAAACUCAAGCACAACAAUCUCAAACAUUAUUGGGCCAGUGGAACAAAUGGCUUUGGUUAAUCAUCCAGUCAAAGGUUUAUACUUUAUGGUUGUUGGUCCACCAGAGAGUCUCACCAUAACGAUCAUGAGCUACAUGGGAAAAUUAAGGAUUGCGUUUGGAUUGGAGAAAGAUUUCAUCGACAAGCAAAAAUUUAAGUCUUGUAUGGAGAAUUCACUUGAGAUGAUAAUUAUGGCAGCAAAAAAGAUUUCAGCAUAA